AUGUCCGCGCGGCACCGCCGCUCGCUCUCGCAGCAGCUCGGCCGAUGUUGGGCCCUCAAUCGGCGGGCGCCGGCGCCGUUUGCGAUGCACCUCGCCUCGCUGCGGACGUGCCCGGCGGAGUGCUUACCGGCCGGCGGCGAGCACGAGCGGUGGCUGGUGGGGCGGCUCGACGGCGAAGUGAGCGACCACUUUGGGAGAGAAGGCAAGCUGCUGCUCGAGGCGCGCAUCGUCUAUCUCUCCCCGGACGCGGAGGAGGUGCUGGAGGCGCCGCUCGAGGCGGAGAAGACGUACGUGAUCGGCGACAGCAAGCGGCGCGAGAACCCUUCUCCGGCCGCAGCACAGCGCUACCGCGAGUACUUGCUCUGGACGGAGACGAGGCCGGUGCAGUUUGGCGACGAGCCGCCAAACGACACGUACGAGAUCUUCAUGAAGGAGCGCCGGCGCUCGAAGGAGAAGGCGCGGCUGCAAGGUGUGGCACGCAAGCGGCAGGCGGAGAGACAACUGCAGCGUCAAACGGUCGUGUCGGACGCCGCCCUAGCUUCGCCCGCUGCGCAACCCGCAGCAAAGCGGCCCCGCGGCCGCCCAGCCGACCCCAACACGGAGCAGCGACGUCGCGAUCGCCGGGAGCUGCAGCGCGAGAAGUCGCUCGCUCAGCAGCACCGUCGCGACGCUCGGGAUGCAGCGAGAGCGGGGCAGCAGGUACGGAGCACGCUGCAGUUCAUGGAGCUAAACCUCACACGUGCAAAGGCGGCGGGCUUCAAUCCGUGGGGGGCGCUUCCUGACGAUUCCACGCACGUGCAAGCAUAUGCAUUUUGGCGCAGCAAGGCUUUGGGAGCGCAGGUUGACGCGAACCGGAUGCGGCGCAUGCCCGAGGCAGACGCUCUUGCAGCUACAGCUUUCGCGCGGACAUUGACAGCCCGGGCUGCGAAAGCUGGAUGGGCGGCGGCGGCCGAGCGGGCCACCACGGCUGAUGCGAUCGGAGAGGCACGCGCGGCCUCAGCUGCGGCGGCAGCGCAUGCUCGGUAUGCAGACGCUGUGGCAGUCGCGGCAGCCGGCGCACAGAGUGUUGCCUCGAAGCAGCGCCGCCGGCGCGAGAGUGGUAGCCUCUCGGCGCUGCUGCAGCCGUCGCAGCCGUGGGUGUCCGCGGCGUUCGCGGCCGUCAGCGCACCGCUGCCCGAGUGUGGCUUGGACGCAGAUGGCGCCGCGCCGCCAGCGCUGCUGCCGCCGCCGCCGCCGCCGGGCCAGCCUGCGCUGACCGACGCGGUGGUGCCGCGCGUGUGGUCAACGGAGGGGCAAUGCGAGGGGAUGACGCGCCAGAGCGGCGGGACAGAGCGAUGCCGGGUGCAUCGCAAUAGCCCGUACGCAGUCGCGGCACCGCUGCGCCGCGGCGAGCGGUACUGCGGCCACCAUCACCCCGACAAGUUCACCGGGGUGCAGUGCGCAGGGCAGCGCAAGCACGGCAAGGGCCGAUGCCGAGUGUGGAGCGGUUGCUGCUAUGCCGAUGCCGCCCCGCUCCGUCGCGGCAGCCCCUACUGCCACCACCACCGCGUGCGCUGCGUGGGGCUGACGCAGUCCGGCGCGCGCUGCACCGUGACGAGCUCCUCCGAGAACGUGCACGCGCAGCCGCUGCGCGACGGCGAGCUGCACUGCGCACACCAUCAGCCCGCGGCGCCAUCGUCGCUUGCUCCAUCGGCGCCCUGUCCACGCGCCGCGGUCAGCGAUCGGGCCAUCGUGCUCGGUAGCGGCGAAGAUUUCGAGGGCCCGGACGGGCCGCUGCCGCCAUCCAUCGCGAUCGUUGAAAGCGAGGCCAGGCUAGAGCAGGGCAACUGCCUUACGCAGCUACUCCGACGCUUCCCUGCACUUCACUACACCUCGAUCAAGUACAGUGACCCCACACUCCCCCACUUGUGGGUGCUCCCGCUCGAGGGGCAAACGGCACAAACGGGCCGGCUCGCGGACUUCAUGAAAUUCACCGUGUUGGACGUGGUCAUCUGGACGGUUGAGCACGUGCUGUCUCCGUUUCAAGAGCCACCGAUCUUCGUCCAGAGGGCACGUUACGAGCAGCAGCGGGAGCGUGAGCAGCAGCAGCGGCGGGAGAAGGCGGCGGCAGAGGCGGCAGAGCGCGAUCGUCAGAGACGUGGGGCUGUGGCGAGGGCGGCGGAGGAGGCGGAGGCAUGUGAGGUGGAAGAGAGAGAGGUGGUAGCGGCACGGGAGUCGGCAGUGCGAGCGGCGGCGGCGGCGGAGGCGGAGCGGGCGGCGGAGGCCGCGGCCGCCGCCACUGCCGCGGCGGCCGAGAUGCGAAAGCAUGGCUCGGCGGUUGCGGAGGCGAGCGCGCUGCGCGCGCUGCAGGCGCUCACGAGCAGCACCUCGCUCGAGGAGCGGCGCGCGGCGGCGGCGGCGGCGUCGCACGCGGCGGUCCUGCCUGCCCUCGUGGGGGAGAUUGAAAAGGCGGAGCGAGCCGCGGCCGAGGCGACCGACCGGUUCGUCUCGACCGAGGAGCCGGUCAUGAAUACUCCGACCGAUGGCGCGGAGGAGCAGGCGGCGGCGGCGGCGGUUGCGGCAGAGGCCCCUCCCUCUUCUCGCCCGCCAAGGUCCGCCACGGCGGCCGCGGCGGCCGACGCGGGAGCACCGGCCCCCACGCACGGCGCGCCCCCGCCGCCCCACGCCCUCGUCUCGCUCGCAGACGCUAGCUUCGACACGGGCCGGCCGCCGGAGUCCACGAUGGGCGGCGAGACGACGUGCAUAAUUUGCUUCACCGACCCGAAGUCUCACAUAGCGACGCCGUGUGGCCAUGUGUGCGCUUGCGGCCGGUGCUCCGCAAAGAUGGAGCGGUGUCCUGUCUGUCGCGCGCCAGUCGAGAGGUGGUUCCAGGGUCGCACCCAGCUGGUCGAUCUGCUGCCGUGCCACGCUGCCAAAAUGAGCGCGCGCGACCCACCACCUCGCGUUCUUCUCGGCGUCAUGUCCAACCCUGUCAAGCCCGCAAUGCGCGCCCAGCAGCGCAAGUGGGCCGGCCACUUCCAGCACGCAGCCAACGUGGACGUGCGGUUUGUUCUGGGCACCACCUUUUUCAACAACACGCAGCGGCCUCCGCCCGAGUGGGACGAGCUCAAGGCGGAGGAGAAGGAGCACAAGGACAUCAUCUUUGUCGAGGGCCGCGAGAAGCUGCCGCACGUCGGCGUCGUCACGGAGAAGAGCGCGUCGUUCUGGCUCUCGCGCGGCGCCGAGUCGCCGGGGUACGAGUGGUACUGCAAGUGCGAUGACGACACGCUCGUCCACCUCUCGCGCCUCGGCGAGACCCUCGCCAACGUGACCCGAUCGCUCGGCCGCACAGCCCACGUCUACUUUGGCCACCUCAAGUGGCGCGGCUGGGAGGCGGGCCACCGCUUCCAGGCGUGCGGCGGCGGGUGGGGCGACUCGGCCAAGACGCUGAGCGAUAUCCUCGGCGGCGGAGGCAUGCCCGACGGAUCGCGCUAUCCCCCCUGCCCGCACGCCGCGGGUCCGGUCUGCAUGUCGCGGCCCCUCGCCGUGGCGAUGGCGGCCGACGCCGCCUUCCGAGACUUCUACGAGACCGCGCGCAAGCGGAACGACCGCGGAGUCGCGUGCAAGCGUCCGGAGCGGACGCGGGCGUGGGAUUCAACGUGUUUCGUGCGGCGCCGACGCAGCAGCGCCAGGCGCGCCCUCUUUGUGCACGGCAUCAAGACUCGCAAGUCGUACCAGGAGGCGGAGAGGAGGCAACUGGCGCGCCGCACGACUGCCGCUGCCAAGGUUGGCGCCGCCAUCCUGCGUCAAGAGUCAGGCGCGGGACGGUUCGUCGACCCGCGCUUCUGCGCCGUCCCGAUCGGGGACGCCUUCGCGUGCUGCGGCUGGCCGUGGCAGCUGCCGCAGCUGCGCUCGCUGGUCCUGCGCGGCGUUGCGGCGUGGGCGGAGGAGCGCGGCGGCGCGUCGAGCGAGGUGAUGACGCCCGAGGCGCUGCACAAGGUGAUCAAGCGGCUGUACCGCGACGAGUCCAAGGGGGUGCACAACCGCAAGGGCUGCGUCGCCGACUGCUUGCGCAUCGUCGUGCCGCGCGGGGUCGACUUCGAAAAGACUCUCGCCGAGAUGGAGCUGAGGGGGGACGUGCGGCUCCUCUGGUCCACCCCGGAUGGCAAGCGGCCGCCGGCGCGCGGGAUGAGCUGGGAAGGCGUCGGGCGGGCACAGGUGGCCAGUGUCGCGCCGUGAACGCGAGUCAGGCGGACGCACUUGUACCAGGACUUGUGCGGCGGCGCUUCUCGUGCUUCUCGCCCCCGACGGCGCCGCAAAGGCUGAAAAAAUCAAAUGCCCUCAUCACAUGCGUCUCGUCUGUGUGCUGUCAAGUUGGUCGUGUGUGUGUGUGUGUGUGUGUGUGUGUGUGUGUGUGUGUGUGUGUGUGUGUGUGCGUGUGUGUGUGUGUGUGUGUAGAUGUGACGUGUGACUUACACUGCAGAGGUUUUUGC